AAAGCCUCGUUCAUGAGCGAUGCCGCUUCUCACCACUCCCGAGCACGUACAUAAUUAUGGGACGACGGUUUUUAUAUCGAGGCGGUAGCUUGCGCUUCAACGAGGACGAUGUGGGACGAUCUAUUGUACGAUUUGGAUUUUGCUGUUGCGUUAGAGCGAUGAUAGGUUGGCAUUGCAUGGAGAUACGACAUAGGUUAACGUAGCAUACAUUAUGAUUGUUCAUUCUGUUCAGUACAUCAUUUUUAAUGUGUGUUGUAGUUUGCUUGUAUGCAUGACUAUAGCGACUGGGCCGGCCAAUUAUCAGUCUAGAGCGGAUAGGGUAGCUCUGCGCGUGCCCGAUACCCACCUGGAGCCACGGUUCCUCUUCUCACUCUGUCACAUACCACCACCCCCUGUACUGAUAUCUCCAGUUCUCUCCCAGUCCCACGGAACCUCAAACCAACCCCUCUGGUUUGUGAAAUUGGCAUAAACUCAUCUAAUCUUACCUGCAGCAUCCACACGCCC